UGUCUUGCGCCAGCAUGGCCUCUCAGCUACCUCGACAUACAAGCUUCUAUUCACGUAUCCAAGGCGUUCGAGUGGUUCGUCUACGUCAAGAAAGUCACCUUUUCGAACAAGCUCCCUCUAACAAUGGGAGCCUGCGUCGACGAUGUCCACUAGAAUCCUGUGAACAAGCGCACAUCCAGCCGGGGUAAGGCGCGCCCAGGCACAACGUGUGCUGGUAUAAGUCGCAGGAGAGGCUGCUCAUACCCGACCGACUGACUCUCGCCCGCCACCGUCCCCUCGCCCUCGCCCUUGACCUCUACCUCUACGCUCCUUCUCACCUCGUCCUUCGCAAUUGCAAUGUCCGACGGGAAGAGCGCCCCCGGAUCUCUACGCAAGGACCGGGUCCGUAUGGCCAUCCUUGUCAAGCGUCGGAAGGACAUGUCCUACGACGAGUUUGCCGACUACUGGCUGAACCACCACGCGAAGGUCUUCAUGAGCACGCGCAUCGUGCACAAGUGCUUGCUGCGUUACGAGCAGAUGCAUAUCUCCUCGUCAACCGCGAAGGCGUGGAAUGAGCUGAAGGGCAUACCCAUCACCGGCUUCGACGGAAUUGCAAUGUUCGAGGCGGAAUCAUAUCAAGAUAUACAGGAGAUGUGGGACUCCGAAGAAUACCAGACUGUCAUCUACCCCGACGAACUUCAGUUUGUCGACCACGAGGGAUCCCAAGUCCUUCCUCUGGAUCUGUGGCUGGGCUUCGAUCACACCAGGUUCACUACCAAGGCCAAGUUAUAACUUGCCUUAUCUACCUUCCUUGUAUCUAUUUCCCGACUACCUAUCUUAUGUGCACGAGAUGUAUUGGACUCACUGAGUGCGCUAGACGCGCCUCAACCCACCAUAUACUUAUUAUCAAUCUCUACCAUCCUGCAAGUCUCGUCUUCCCUGCGCAAUACAAUCUGGUUGAUUUAAAGCCUAC